AUGAUUUUUAAGUGUAGUAAUCCAAAUCACGAUUUAGAUACCGAAUUUGUUUGCAUGAAUGAGACAUGUUAAGAAUCGAGAAUUUUUUGUUUUAAAUGUUUACAAAAUGAGAAACAUAAAUCUCAUGUUAAAGAAAUUCAUAAGAUUGAAAACUUUUAGAAUUUAUUAUGUAAUUAAAUUGAUAAUUUAACAAAUGAAUUAGAAUAAAAAAUCAACCUAAUAUCUACUUUGUUCAUAAAAUUUAAAAGUGCUUUUUAAGUUAAAUCAUAAAUUAAUAUAAAAUAAUUAAAUGGUUUAAAUAUUACAGAAAUAUCAUAAUUUAUUUAAGAUCAAAUUAGAAUUCAAAAUGAAAGUAAGGCAAUGUUUCAACUCUUAUAUAGAAGCACAGAGAAUGUGGUUUAAACCUUAAAAAUGUAUAUCAAUGAAUUAUUCUACUCUGAUCAUCCAAUUAAAAAAGUAAAAAAGGAAUCAAUAACAGGAUAUAGAAUAAUUCAUUCAUUUGAAGAAGAUUAAAUUAAUGCUAUAGAAUUUAUAAAUCAAUCUAAUUUAAUGAUAGUUGGAUAUGAAUCAAGAAAGAUCAACAUUUAUUAAUUUAAUUAGGGCUAGAUAAAGUAAUUAUAAAAAUUAAAGAUUCAUAAAAAAAGUGUUUACAGUUUAAUUACUAUGAAAAGAACUAAUGAAUUCUUUUCUGGAAGCUGCGAUAAAACUAUUAUUUUAUGGGAAUAAUUUGAUGAUAAUUAAUGGAAUCCUAAAUAAGUAUUGACUGGACAUUUAGGAGGUAUAAGUUGUUUAGUAUUAAAUAAAUAUGAAGAUUUAUUAUUAUCAGGUAGUGAUGACUUUACUAUCAAAUCUUGGAAGAAAGACAAAGAAUUUUGGAUAUGUUCCCAAACUCUAACAGGACAUCAUCAUUAUGUUUGUUCUAUAAGUUUAAAUGAGAAUGAGAAUCACUUUAUAUCUUGUUCAAAAGAUAAAUAAAUUUUUAUAUUCUCUUUUGAUGAUUAAAAAUAAUUAUGGAAAUAAUGUUAGACAAUUUUAACAAGAGAUGGAGGUAGAAGAUUAUGUUUUAUUAAUAAUUCAGAAUUUGUUUUUUAACCUGAAAGAAAGAAAAAAUUGUAGAUAUUUUCAAAGAAUGACUAUGAUUCCAAUUUUAUUAAGAAUAAAGAAAUAUCUAUAUAUACAGGCACUAGUAUUAAUAGUAAUAAGAGUUGUUUUUGGUUUUUCCCUUAACAAUAUAUUAAAUCAUAAUCUAUUCUUGUAAACAAAUCAAGUUGUUCAAUCAAUUUGAUUAGAUUAAAUGAAAAUGAUGACUAUGAAAUAAUCUAACAUAUAGACUUUUAAACUAAUCGUGUUAUAGGUAGAAUGACUGAAAAUGGAGAAUUUUUAGUAACAUGGGAUGAUAAAACAAAGAAUUUAUAGAUAAGACAAUAAAGAGAUUGCUGA